AACACUGCCCGUACCGCCAUCUUUCACGAAACGUCAAUCUGACAAUAAUCACAGAAGGCAUCAUAGAGCUUUUAUUGUUUUUGUUUAGAAAAACACAAAAAUUCUAUUACAAAAUGCCGAAAAAUAUCACCACCGAAGUGCGGGAGAUAAUAUUGAAAGUAAAGGAGUUUAUGGAUGAGGAGAAACGAAUGCAAGUGCCAAUAAUACCUUUAAGUAAAGUGUACGUGAGAGUAUCUGCCGCUACAGGUGUAUCAGAACGCACAGUAUUAAAUAUAGUUAAAGAAGCAAGGCUGGUGGAACAAGGCCUGUUAGACCCUGAGACUUUAAAGAAAACUCCAAAAAAACGUGUCAGGACAAAAGGCAAGAUAGAAGUUGACGAGUACGACCUCCAAGUAAUUCGUAGGAAGAUCCACGAAUUCUAUGCAUUCAAGAAAGAGGUGCCUACUAUAAACAAACUCCUUCAGAUAUUGAAAGAAGAAAUUAACUUCAAAGGGUCAAGGGAGACUCUUAGGAAGAUUCUCAGGAAGAAUGGUUUCCAAUUCAGAAAGACAAAGAAUAACAAGGAGAAGGAGCAAGCGCCUGACACUACAUCAGCAGUCCCCCCGAUGGUGGCGCCGUAUAUACACACUAUGUUUAGUCACAAAAACAUACAAUCAUAGAUUCUAUUUGUAGCCUGUAGACAAGUCGAUUUAGAAUUUUAGGGCAGCUCCUUCUCACAAACUGAACGUUGCUAAUUCUGAAGUAAACAUUUACUGAAAUUACAUUAUUUAUUUGUAUAUUGUUAGACAUCAUACAUAUAGAUGCGACUUUGCAUAUGAUGGGUGAAGGGCGUUUGUAAAGGGCAGUAUUUACACUUUCAGUAUUCAAGGAUUAUGUGUUGUGCUAUAGUUAUUUUAUUCUUCUGUUGUCGCUGGCUUAGGUCAUAUUCGCGACACCAGAGGAGGAGUACCACUCCUGAGAAUGUAACAAAAUUUACACAAGUGUUGUGCUUAUAAUAAUUAGUAGGUAAGUAUUUCACCAUAGCAUCCAUUCAGAAUGAGCAACUCAUUGUAAUCAUGACUUGUGAGAAGUUACUUCCCCAUAUUGACUUACUGUGGUAUAGAUUUAGAUCUAAAGAAGCACAUCUUUGUAUCAAUGUGUAUUGUCUACUUUAUGUAUGUUUACAAAUGUAUUGUUUUAAGGUGUAGUCAAACAGCGAGCUUGUAGAAAGCAAAAAUAGGCGUCACUUCAAUCUAUGUUAGCUGAUGUGACAGACCUUGCUCAUGUUCAAUUCAUUUUGUUAUUCCGUAUCUCUAACUAACCUACUGUUUUAACUAGAAUAUACUCUAUUUGGAUAGGUAAUUUACUAAACAUAAACAAUCUUGUCUCACAUCGCAUUUACAAAAAAUCAAUAUAAAUGCAAUAAUAACAAUUACUUAAUCAAUUGAAUAAUUUUUUUAAAACUUGACACUCAGAUGUAUGUCUGAUAGCACUAUAUAACAUGAAGGUUUAGAGUUGACCUGAUGAUUGAGACGAGAGAAGGUCGAGGGAAUGGCAUAUAAACCUUAACUUUGAUUGCUUAUCCACAGGUAAACCCACCAAUGGGCCGAAUGACCCACCAAAGACUCCUGAUCUACUGCACUUUUUCAUAACAAGAAAUAUUAAAUUCAUCAAGAAAUCUAUACAUAUAAUAAAAUGAUAGGAAAGUCAAAACUGUACAUUGAUUUUUUAGCUAGUACCAAAUAAGACUUGAGCAAUAUAUUAAUCAGCUUGCCGCAGAACUGCAGGGCGUGGGCAUUCUAACAUCCUCUCGCCUAAAGAGAAACAGUAUACCAGAUCUAGCAACAAGAUUUGCCGACAAGAGAUGUGAAUGCUACCACUAGGGACACAGCUAAUCCACUUCCUCUAACAGAUUGCUAAGUCGCAGGAUAGAAAAAAAACCCUACUUCCAGGCGGACACCUAAACUUAGUUUUUUUUUAAGUGCCUUAGGGUCCGUUCAGAUAGACCGGCUCGGAGAGCAUCGGCGCGCAUUUUUCUUUUCACACAGACCGGAAUCGGCUCUGAUCGAUUGAAAGAGCAUGCAAUCGGAGCCACAUCAGCACGUCUGCAAGACGAGAGAGAAAAAGGCUCCUUUUAUUAUUUCACACCAAGCGCCUUCGAGCAUUCUUAUUGACAAAAGCAGUGCACAUGCAAAAAUAAACCUUACUACAAAUACUAAGUACUCGAUUUUCAACGUGUUAAGAAUUUGCUCUCCUCUCCGAGCCGGUCUGUCUGAACGGACCCUUAGAAGUCGGGUUUUACUUUUUUGUAAAAAGUUUUUAGAUUUUGAAGUACACGACAGGGAUAACUCUUCAAAACAAUAACUAUAGGACCGUACUACAUCCGUAAAUACCAAAGUGACUGCUGGCCGUUGAUAGCCCAGAGUCCAUAGAUCGUCCUUUAUUUUUGAAUUUUACUCUUACCUUCGAAGCAUUCACUUUAAUAUGUACUAGCUGUUGCCCGCGACUUUGUCUGCGUAAUAUAGAUUUUCCAAUUUCGUUUAUUUUAUCGUUCAUUGCUCAACCCCCGUAGGUGAUAGCGUGAUAAUAGUAUAUGUAUAGCCUAUGUGUUGAACCGGCCCCCAUGCAAAAUUUGAUUUAAAUCCAUGCAGUUCUUUUUGAGUUUAUCCGGGACAAACAUACAGAUAAACAGACAUACAGACAAAAAUUCUAAAAACUACAUAUUUGGGUUCAGAAUCGGUUAUGGUUCACCCCCCAAGUACCUAUUCUUUAAAAAAAAAUAUUCAAUGUACAGUUUUGACUUUCCUAUCAUUUUAUUAUAUGUAUAGAUUUGUGUGAAAAGUCAACAUGCAUGGUUUACCUUUAGAUAAGUGCCUACACAAAUGGAGUAUAGGUUCUAUGGAAAAAUUUGAUAUAAGUACAACCAUUGCUGUGCUCCGACAAUGGGAAAUAAUGUAGGAAUUUAUUGUUAUAGAUAAUUACUAGAGGUGUGGAAUUUUCGUAUCUACGCCCAUGGCGUGCGUUGCUACUGUAGGUAUACAUUACCUAGAGAUUCCAAACUCAAUUCGAAAAGUUGGACUAUAAAUAUUGGGUUGGACUAUAAAAUAUUUAUAUAUUUGGUUCACAAAACGUGUAUAGUAAGUGUAUUUACAUUAUAAUGAUUAGAAGAUAAA